AUGUGGUGUUGGAUAAUUCGAGAAGAGUGUUAGUAAGACACCAGGCGUUACAGGCACUCCGAGGCCUCCGGAUACCGCACAGCAGAUCUGUUAUCAGACAUUAAACUGAUUUAUAAACAUCUGUCACGAUAAGUUUAUUGAGGUUGAAUUGAAAUUCACGCAAUAUGUUGUCAGCAGCGAGAACAGCAGUGAGACAUGCGUCGUGUUCUCAGAAGAGCUCCAGCAGCGUGUCUCAUAUUAUAAAGAAGGCCUGUUGGAAUGGAUUGACUCAACAGACUCUGCAGACUUCAGCCAGGCGUCAUUAUGCUUCGGAGGCGAUCAAAGGAGCUGUCAUUGGUAUUGACCUGGGGACCACAAACUCAUGUGUGGCUGUCAUGGAGGGCAAACAAGCAAAGGUCCUGGAAAAUGCUGAGGGUGCGAGGACGACCCCUUCAGUGGUGGCUUUCUCAUCUGAUGGCGAGAGGCUUGUGGGAAUGCCCGCCAAACGUCAAGCUGUCACCAACCCGAACAACACCCUCUACGCUACCAAACGUCUGAUUGGACGACGCUACGAUGAUACCGAAGUUCAGAAAGAUUUGAAAAAUGUGCCGUAUAAGAUCGUCCGUGCCUCUAAUGGAGAUGCGUGGCUCGAAGCCCACAGCAAACUGUACUCGCCCAGUCAGGCCGGAGCUUUUAUUCUCAUGAAAAUGAAGGAGACAGCAGAGAGUUAUUUAGGCCAUACGGUGAAGAAUGCUGUCGUCACCGUACCAGCGUACUUCAAUGACUCUCAGAGACAGGCGACGAAAGAUGCAGGACAGAUCGCAGGUCUGAAUGUGCUGCGAGUCAUCAAUGAGCCCACUGCCGCUGCUUUAGCCUAUGGACUGGAUAAGACUCAGGACAAAAUAAUUGCAGUCUAUGAUCUUGGCGGCGGGACGUUUGACAUCUCUGUUCUGGAGAUUCAGAAGGGCGUGUUUGAGGUGAAGUCCACCAAUGGAGACACGUUCCUGGGUGGAGAAGAUUUUGAUCAGCAUCUGCUCAGACAUAUAGUGAAGGAGUUUAAAAGAGAGUCUGGAGUGGAUUUGACCAAAGAUAACAUGGCACUACAGCGGGUGAGAGAGGCUGCAGAGAAAGCCAAAUGUGAGCUGUCCUCAUCUCUGCAGACGGACAUCAAUCUGCCCUAUCUGACGAUGGACGCCUCUGGUCCUAAACACUUGAACAUGAAGCUGACCCGCGCUCAGUGCGAGGGGAUCGUGGCCGAUCUCAUCCGCAGGACUGUGGCUCCCUGUCAGAAGGCCAUGCAAGACGCCGAAGUCUCCAAGAGCGACAUCGGCGAAGUGCUGCUGGUUGGCGGAAUGACCCGGAUGCCUAAGGUGCAGCAAACGGUGCAGGAUCUGUUCGGCCGUGCCCCCAGUAAGUCUGUAAACCCAGAUGAGGCGGUGGCGAUCGGAGCGGCUAUCCAGGGUGGAGUUCUCGCCGGGGACGUGACAGACGUGCUCCUGCUGGAUGUGACUCCUCUCUCUCUGGGCAUUGAGACUCUGGGAGGAGUCUUCACUAAACUCAUCAACAGAAACACAACCAUUCCUACCAAGAAAGGCCAGGUCUUCUCCACCGCUGCUGAUGGACAAACUCAAGUAGAGAUCAAGGUUUGUCAGGGCGAGAGAGAGAUGGCUGCUGACAACAAGGUUCUCGGACAGUUCACCUUGGUGGGGCUUCCUCCGGCUCCUCGAGGAGUUCCUCAGAUCGAAGUCACCUUUGACAUUGAUGCUAAUGGAAUCGUGCACGUCUCGGCUAAAGACAAGGGCACCGGCCGUGAACAGCAGAUUGUCAUCCAGUCAUCUGGCGGCCUUAGCAAGGACGACAUUGAGAACAUGAUCAAGAAUGCUGAGAAGUACGCAGAGGAGGACAGGAGGCGGAAGGACCGUGUGGAAGCCGUCAACAUGGCGGAAGGUAUUGUGCACGACACCGAGUCUAAGAUGGAGGAGUUUAAAGACCAGGUGCCAGCCGAUGAGUGUAACAAGCUGAAGGAGGAGAUCGCUAAAGUACGAGACCUGCUCUCGCGAAAAGACACAGAAACUGGAGAGAACAUCAAACAAGCAGCGACAAACCUGCAGCAGGCAUCGCUCAAACUCUUUGAGAUGGCAUAUAAGAAGAUGGCAUCAGAGAGAGAUGGCAGCGGUGGCUCGAGCUCAGGAGGAGAAACGGGAGAGAAGAAGGAGGGACAGCAGUAAACGUUUUCAUCACCUGGAGUUUGGUGUGGGACUGAAUGGCUUGAGAGCAGAAACAUGUUCCUCUGAGCAGCGUAUACGUCAUUCGCACGUGUACUAUCUGUACAUCAAGUCUCUUCCACCUCACAUGUCGAGAAAUUCAUUUACUGUCUGAUAGAAAUUUUCAGUCCUGAAGAAACAAAAUGUGCAAUGAAGUGUUAGAUUUUCCUGUUCUGGGUUUAAAGGUCGGCGUUUGUGCGAUUUAUCGUUGACAAAAUGAGCCUUUAGCCAUUUAGACGUGCAUUCCAAACUUUUGUUCAGUGUUUUGCUGACGGUAGGGUACUACUUGAAAUUGUUUUAUUUGAAAGCAUCAAGAUGUUGAUGUUCGGUGUGAAUAGGGCUGGAUGUAUGGCUAAAUGGCUUUAGGGCGUCUACAAUGAGCGUCACAUCAGGGCUCAAACAGAAAAUGAGCUCAAUUCACCAUUGUUUGAUUUUUAAACGAAACUAUAUCUGUUCUGCCUUCAUGCUUGGAAAACUUUUCAUCUGUUGUACAUAUUAGUAUGUGUACAUGUCUGAGCCGAUUCCCUUUUGAGUUAAGAGUAUAAAACUAUUUAUGAUAAAAAGAAAGAUUUCCUAGUUUUACAUUUGGCACUUGUUACUCAUAACCAUCGUUGUACAACAGGAAUGUUUAUUGAUCUUGGAGCCAUUGACUUCUUUGCAAAAUGCUGAUAUGGCUUAUGUUUCCAUCUGUGUUGAGGCCUGAAGUUUUUGGUGUAAUUAUGGAAAAGAUGCUCUACAAACAUACGGGAGGGGGAAUAGACAUCUUUGUGUGCAUUUUGACAGGUACACGCUUCAAGCUGGGCUUCUUUUGGUUAGGUGUUGCUGUUAUAUUAAAGAUGAUUGACUAUGGGGCACAACAGCAGAAAUGUACCACCCCACCUUAUCUGCACAUGACUGUACAUGGAGAAAAAUUAACCUACAGUAGCUCUGUACAAAAGCUGACGUCUGUUGAAAAUGUUAAAUGUCGAGUAUGGAUUUCAAUGACUACUUGUUAGAAGUAAUAUGCAGUCUUUUAUAAUAAAAACUUUAAGUCAACACA